AUGUUUAUCAAGAGCUUGCGAUUGUAUAUUCAUGGCGUUGAUGAAAUCUUUGCCUCACAUGAAAAGAAAUCCACUGUGAAAGAUCCUUUUCCGCCAAAUGAGAUGCCACAACGUCGCAACAUUACCAUUGGA